CUAAAUUUAUAUCUGCAUUGGACCUUUACACCCCAACCUACGGGCACUAUUCUGUGCAAAAGGUGGAGCAUUUGGACAAAGACUGAAGAUCAUAAUGGAACUGCUGGAGGACUCAGCGUGUUCCUCUGUUGAGAAGACUAGAGAAGUUGUCCUUCAGUGCCUUAUAGAAUACUUUGGAAAACAUGGGGAACGUCUCAUCAAAGAAUUCAACAACUUGGAGGAACUUGAACAGCUCGUAGUAGCAAUUACUGCGAUCACAAAGGCCGGGGCUUCUGCAAGUGACAGCCUAAAGGACAUCGGAACUAUUAUUGAGGAAGUGGAAGUCAACACAGGACUUGAAGGUAUUGCCAGGGUUUGCUCUCUACUCCUUGGCUUGAUCUACGCACUGAAUCUUGAUUAUCCCAGGCAGCUGAAGUAUACCUUUGAGGUACUCCAAAAACUUUUCUUGGAACUGGAUGCUUCAAAGCUGUCAAACAAAGUCCAGUCCCUCAAGAGCAAAUGUCUGGCUUUAAAUGAGACUGCGGUCGCAGUGCACACUUUUGUGCUACACAAUGUUCAGCUUCACAUUUGAAAGUGCAAAGUUUGUAAGUUAGUACUGUUAUUGACUCUAUCCCACAAAUGUCAGCGAAAUUUCAAUCGUGGUCAGUUUAAAGUAAAAAUGUUUUUUUACUAUGUACAAAUUGCACUUUUUUAUAUGUUUUAUGUUGUGAUAUAUACACUUCUGGGGGAUUUUUCUUCAAGAUCAUUAUUGAUCUAAUUUAGUGGCUAACUGAGGUGAGAAAGCAUGCAAACAAAUAUGUGUAUGGACAGAUCACCAUUAUGUAAUAUGGCAGUUUUAUUCAUUUUUGUUUUUACAAGAAUUUUGUUUGUGAUUUAG